UCGAACACCAGAUGCCUACGUGAAUGGUGGACGGAACGACGGAAUCAGAUUGUUGUGACGAGUUGUAAAGCCCCUCAAAGGUCACCGAUCGUCUGCCAGCUGGGGUUAUCAGUGCCUCUCGACCUGCGGUUAUCAUCCCACGAUGUUUAACUUGUGUCGGCAAGCGCAGAGAGCCAAGAGCUUUCCAAACUCAUUGCAGUUUGGCUCUCUUGUCUCGGUGGACAAAGUUCCUAAUUUAUCUGUAAAAAAUGAACCGAUUCUGGGGUACCUCCCAGGAAGCAAGGAGCGGAAGGAGUUGGAGAAGGCCUUGAAGGAAGUUGCUGCCACUGUUGAAGAUGUUCCUAUCGUGAUUGGAGAUGAAGAAAUCAGAACCAAGAAUGUGAGGCAUCAAGUGAUGCCCCACAACCAUUCAAAGAAGAUUGCCCAGUAUUACUAUGCUACUCCAGACCUUAUUAAAAAAGCUAUCAGCACAGCCAGUGAGGCACAAAAGACAUGGGACAAUGUGCCAAUGACUGAGCGCAUAAAGAUCUGGAUGAAAGCUGCAGACCUGAUGGCGAAUGAGUACCGUGCAAAACUGAAUGCUACCACCAUGUUGGGGCAGGCUAAAGUAACAAUUCAAGCUGAAAUAGAUUCUGCUUGUGAAUUGAUUGACUUCAUCAAGUUCAAUGCUUAUCAUGCAAAUGAAUUAGCUGACUACUCGCCUAUUAGUCCCAAUCCAAAAGAGGGAAAGAAUUCCCUCAGGUACCGAGGAAUUGAUGGAUUUAUUGCAGCAGUUUCUCCAUUCAACUUCACUGCCAUUGGAGGAAACUUAGCUUACACUCCUGCUCUCAUGGGUAACGGAGUGCUGUGGAAGCCCUCAGAUACAGCUCUGCUUUCAAACUACACCAUUUUCAAAAUUAUGCGUGAGGCAGGUGUGCCUGCUGGUGUGGUAAAUUUUGUACCUGCGUUGGGACCAGACUUUGGUGACACUAUCACAAACUCUGAACAUUUAGCAGGAAUCAAUUUCACUGGUUCUGUUCCUACAUUCUGUCGUUUGUGGCGACAAGUUGGAGAGAAGAUUAACAUUUAUCGCAAUUUCCCUCGCCUGAUUGGAGAAUGUGGAGGGAAGAACUACCAUCUAGUUCAUAAUAGUGCUGAUAUAACCUCUGUUGUAAAUGGCACAAUCCGUUCUGCCUUUGAGUAUUCAGGUCAGAAGUGUUCUGCCUGUUCAAGGGCAUACAUUCCCAAAUCCAUCUGGCCUAAGGUAAAAGAAGGACUUCUUGCUGCAAGAGACCAACUCAAAAUUGGAGAUGUAACAGAUGUAAAAUCAUUUACAUCUGCUGUUAUUGACAAAGCUGCCUUUGAUCGUAUCAAGGGAUACAUUGACUAUGCACGCAGCAGUAAAAACCACGAAAUAAUUGGUGGAGGUCAAUAUGAUGAAAGCUCUGGCUACUUUGUUCAGCCUACCAUUAUUUUGUGUAAUGACCCAUCAGACAAGAUAAUGAAGGAGGAGAUUUUUGGCCCUGUGCUGUCAAUUUAUGUGUAUGAGGACAAGGACAUUGAUUCAGUUAUUGAUAAUUUGAGCAAUAUUACUCCUUAUGCUCUGACUGGUGCUCUCUUUGCUCAGGAUGAGAAGUUUGCCAGGAGUGCCAUUGAAAAGUUGAAGAUGACUGCUGGAAAUUUCUAUGUCAAUGACAAGUCAACAGGAUCUGUUGUUGGCCAGCAGCCUUUUGGCGGAGCAAGGAUGUCAGGUACUAAUGAUAAGGCUGGUGGUCCCCACUAUGUUCUCCGCUGGGCCAAUCCUCAAUCAAUCAAGGAAACAUUUGUACCUUUGACGGAAGUGAACUAUCCCUACAUGAAAGGGUAAAGAGAUGUUGCUGAUGGAAAUAAUCUGUGAUAGGAAGAAGCAGAGCAAAUCAUCGCUGUCAUGAAAAAAAAAAAAUGUUUUCAUUUCAUGCAAAGUAAGCUUUUCCACCCUGUAAUCCUGCAUUAUAGUAUUUGUAAAUGUACCCGCUUCUUGUUAUUUUGUGCUGUUAAGUUUUUUAAUGCUAAUACCAACCAGAUUGGAACAAAUGUAGCUUCUAUCACUCUGAAACAGAUACUGUGUAAGUUGUAGUCAACUGAUUACAACUCCAAGAAAGAAAGUAGUGUUUUUAUUAUUUGUGAAAGUUAUCUGUGUAAUUAAGGUAUUAUGAAGCUUGUGAAAAUUUUUCACAAGGUUUUGGAAACCUUUUCUAUUUUUAAUCAUGUUCUUGAGUUUUUUUUAAAAUAUGAAACGUUUGUGUCCUUUUUAUCUCCUAUCAGUUCCAUUUAAUUGUGAGAAAGACAUUUUGAUUAAUUUUGUGAUUCAGGUUGGGAAAGACCUUUUGCAUUUUAUAUGUUUUAGUUAUAAUUAGUCUUAACCAUCUAAAACAUAUGAUCUGACAGAAAUCUCUUUUAACUGGAUGUUGUCCAGUGCUUGGUUUACCUAUUGUGAAAUAGCUUGUGAUGUGCAGUACCUAGGAAGUUGUGUUUAUUUCUUCUUUAUGUUCUUGUGACAAAUUUUGUUCAUUUCUCUUUAGUUUGACUCAAAUUAUUGUGUACUUCAGAAUAGUUUCAGUCUUUAAAUUGUAUUCAACCUUGAAGAGCAAUUUUACCUAGUCAGUCAAGGCACUUGUAUCAGGUUUGAAUUUUGGGAAUGGAAUAUCAGUUAGAGACUCCUUUUGUUUUGGUUGAAACCUUGUGAACAACAUUACCAGAAUCCUUCUAACUGGGAGAAUGCAGGGCAGUUUCCUGAUCAAUAGAGCUUUAUAGUACUUUUCUACCUCCAUUGAUGUACUUAUGCAGUGCAUCUAAAUUCACAAGAAAAACGUGUUGUAACGAUUGUGUCCAUUUUUAUUUUGGAAGAUAGUGCAUUGGAUAAUGUUUAUUGCUGUAGUUAUCUUAAUUUUUGUUUUGUCCCGAAUUUGUUUUUAAAUAAGGUGUUCACACUAACGUUAGUUAGUGUAUUGAGUUACCCAUUGUUUUGUAAUUAAAUGUAGUACAAACUGAACUAUCUCAUUUUUCAUUAAAAAUGAUUGUGGAUAUUGGAGUAAACAUAUGGUGUUUGAUGUAAAAUUCCCCCUCCCUAGUUAUAUCCCAGUAUUUUCGUUUUGGAGAGUUCCUUUUAUUUUUUUAUUGAUGCUCCAUCUCGCCAACCCCUGGAUUCCUGACAAUAUGUUAUAGAUAGCAACAUUUCUCUUUUCUUUGCAUCCAAUGCCUUAUCUUAGUAGAUCAAUUCUCUACAAUGUGGUGUAUGACAUGACAGGUAGCUUUUGGUUUCACUAUUUUAGGAACAAUUAAAGAUACAGAUGUAUUUCUCAAAUUCUCAGAACAAUAUGUAUGUGUUGUAGGAGUAGAUUUUUAACAAAGUUAGGGUUUGAUUGAUAGAGUAAGUCCAAUUGACAUGAUUGCUAUUUUCACAGUAGAUUUUUGAAUGAAUUUUAUUGUGCUUUAGUAUAAUUAUCUUUCAGUAAAUGAAGUAUGAUGUACAUAUUUGUCCUAGUGUAAAACAAUUGCAACUGCACGACAAUAAAGCUGUUGAGAGUUUUUAAUCA